UAGUAAAUUAAAACAUUAAAUUAACUAAAACAUAGAAAAGUAAGUGUAUAAAACUAAUUAAAAGAUAUAUUUGCACAUGACUGGUUAUGCAUGAUACGCUGGCAAUGUGCGCAAUGUCCUUUAAUCCAAGAUUCAAAAUUAGUUUGUUUCCUAUGUCAAAAUGGCGGAUUCCAAUGUUUACAUUUUUCCAUCGAUUUGAGAGCUGACACAAAUUCGUAUCCAAUCAUUAAUUUGCAUAUUAUGUACUGUGUAGGGUAGCUUAUCCAAUGGGAUUUACUGUUAUAAAGUGGCUAAAAGUUACCAUCAAUCGUUACAAAAGUGCCAUGUGUUUUGUGUGUAUAGCUCAGGAAUGAUGUGUAUUCAAUAUUUACGACAAUAUCACCACGACCGUACCUGGAGACAGUAAACCAUCAUGGCACGUGUUGCUAUGAUUACAUUUUUAGUCAUGAUUUGUACAAUUAUUGUGGAAGCUGUUUUUUUUCUGGAAGAACCAACAACGAAAAGUUCACAUGAAAAAUUAAAAAGUGAAUUUCCAUAUUACUGGGAGGUAAUAUGUUCCUGUUGUUAUACAUUUACUAUUAACGGACCUGAAUACUGUGAUUAUAUUUUUUUGAACCAUAGGACAGGAAAGUUAUAUGAACGUUCCAAGCCAAAUGUCCACAUAGGGCCUGAGGAUCUAAAAAUACCAGCCCCAGUACCAGUAACAGGAGAUUGGAACGUAGGUGGUUGCGAAGAUGGCUGGUAUAAUUGGCAAGGGGGAGGCACCUGUUACAAAGUUUCUGCUUUUAAUGAUACGAAAACCCAAUGUGAGGCUGCUAAAGCAUGCAAAAACAUAGGAGCAGAGUUGUUAUACUCUAAUUUUUUUCCUGAAUGGGAACUUCCUAUAGCGGCAAUGUAUGCAAAUCAUAGCAAGAUAAGAACUCAUUAUAUCUGGACAAGUGGAUACAGAGACAAAGACAAAGACAAAUGGUAUUGGGGAAAUAACCAUGGAGAAGUUCCAGAAAUAGCAUUGCGACUAAGUUAUAUAGCUAUAGGGAAAGGUCAUCCUGACCAUGGGAAUUGUUUAGCAACAUAUAUACUAUAUGACUGGCAAAAACAACUGGAUUGUAAUUUUAAAUUCAACUAUGUCUGCAAGAAAAAGGCGCAAAAGGAGCCAUAAACAAAAUAUGGGUAACACUAUGAUAUUAGAAUACGCCUUAGGGUUCAAACUUAUGCUAUUAAAAUAGGCCUAGGUGGUUAUAGUAUGCUAUUAGAAUAGAAUGUACUUUUAAAUGGAAGCAAUAGAUAUUGUGUUGGUUCUUCAUAUUCCUAAUAUAGAUACAAAUAUGCAGAAAAUAGUAUCAGAUUGAAUGUUUUGAGCAACCUUAAAUGAUUUAUAAUAAGUUAUGAAAACCUUGUAUUAAUAAACUGUUGAAACAUA